UAAGAUGUUUUUGUGAUAAAAUGAUCGACGUUUGUAGCGUAACAAAUGUUAAAGUAAAAAUAAUAUUUAAUUAACGUUCAUUAAAAACUUCUUGUCAGAAAAUAAAUUAUUGGUCAGUGAAAAAAUGUAUGUUGAAAUAAAUAGUGAACAACUUGUAGAUAAAUCCAACUAAUUAGAAAAAUUGGUUGAUAGGGUUUUUUGACAGAAUUUGGGUAACGCAGAACACAGUGGGCAGUACUACUGGAAAAACAAAAUGUUCAUAUACUUAAGUAAAAAGAUAGCCAUCCCAAACAACACCUUUAUUCACUGUCUAGCAUGGAACAAAGAGCAAGGGUAUAUUGCAUGUGGUGGAGAAGAAGGUUUGCUGAAAGUAUUGAAACUUGAGAUGGGGAGUGAUGGAAAGGUUCGAGGGUUAGCUGCUCCUAGCAACUUGUCAAUGAACCAGACCCUUGAAGGUCAUGGAGGCACUGUUCAAGUUGUGACUUGGAAUGAAUCAUACCAGAAAUUGACAUCUAGUGACCAGAAUGGAUUAAUCAUUGUUUGGAUGCUGUACAAAGGUUCCUGGUAUGAAGAGAUGAUCAACAACAGGAACAAGAGUGUGGUCAGGGGGAUGGCUUGGAAUUCUGAUGGUCAAAAAAUCUGUAUUGUGUAUGAAGAUGGUGCUGUGAUUGUUGGCUCUGUGGAUGGAAACCGUAUAUGGGGGAAGGAAUUGAAAGGAAUACACUUGACUUCUGUAGAGUGGUCACCAGAUGGAAAGUUUCUUUUGUUUGGAAUGCAGAAUGGAGAAAUUCAUGUUUAUGAACAUAAUGGAAACUUUGUGGCAAAACUUGCCCUACCGUGCCUUCAGAGCUUGGUUUCUAGGCCUAGCUUGAUAGGAAUUCACUGGUACAAUGGGCGUGGUGGAUUUGUGGACCAGGACACCCCUGUUCUUGCUGUUGGUUAUGAUAAUGGAAGCAUACAGCUGAUGCGACACGAAACUGAUGAGGAUCCUAUAUUGAUUGAGACUGACAUGAGCACCACCUCACUGCAGUGGAAUCACAAUGGUACUGUGUUAGCCAUAACAGGAAAACAAUUUGGUGGAGACAGCGAGAAGAGAAAUAUUGUCAAGUUCUUUAGUCCCGAGGGAAAACAUCUUCACAGCCUCCGGGUUCCAGGAAAGGAGAUCACAGCAUGUGCUUGGGAAGGAGGGGGCUUACGAAUUGCUCUAGCAGUUGAUUCCUUUAUUUUUGCCAACAUACGUCCAGACUACAAGUGGUGUUACUUUUCCAACACAAUUGCUUAUGCUUUCAACCAGUCAGACCGCACAGAGAGUACCAUAGUCUUUUGGAACACACACAACAACGAGAAGUAUGUGAAGUACGUGAAACAUCUGUUAACCAUAGCAUCCUAUGGUGAGUUCUGUACUUUGGCAACUAAAGCAGACGACAGUGAUGGACAGUAUGCACUAAUUUUGUGCAAUGCCAUCGGAACUCCCGUGGACUCGAGAUAUGUUGAAAUGGAACUCUGUUUUGUCACUAUGACAAGCACAUAUGUCAUUGCCACGUCACGAGAGACUAUCUACAUGUGGCACUUCAGAACUCCAAAGGGAAGAACAGUAGUAGAACUUGGAUCUCAAAAAUCCAAGUCUGGGCAGGAACGAUUGUAUCAUAUUGAUGAAACACCAUCUGGCACAGCUGAUGCUGGAAUGGACAUUCAAAGAGCUUUUGAAAGAAAAAGACGCCAGCCUACAACUGAUCCAAUAUCUUGCAUUACUUCCUCGGAAAAAAUGCUUAUUAUUGGUCGAGAAUCUGGGACAUUUCAAAGAUAUGCCUUACCUCUUUUGGCUCUGACACACAAAUAUAAUGUGGCCUGCCAUCCAGUUAAAAUAGCCCUGAACAGCAAUUCAAGUCGAAUAUCCAUUAUAGACAUCUUGGGAAUGUUGGCUCUGUUUGACUUGGAGACCAAAUCUGUAGGUCCAGCGGGAAAAGAAGUGCUAGGAGAGAAACUACCAUUUGAAAGAAAAGACGUCUGGGAUGUAGUGUGGGCUUCUGACAACAGUGAAAUGUUUGCCUUCAUGGAGAAAACUAGAAUGUAUAUCUUUAGAGAUUUGGAUCCAGAGGAACCUGUGAUGUGUAGUGGAUACAUGUAUGCCUUUGUAGAUCUCCAAGUGAAAGCUGUGUUGUUGGAUGAGCUGAUGGAGAAUCCAGAUAGUCCAGCUCUAGAAUAUCUAAUCAACAACGAGGUCAAAUCACUUCGGGACUCUAAAGAUCUUCUGGAAAAAGUUGGCAUUGUUGAAGCUUCUCAGUUUAUAGAAGACAACUCUCACCCCAAGCUGUGGCAUCUCUUAGCUGAGGCAGCCCUUAAAAAAUUAGACUUUUCCACUGCCGAAACAGCCUAUGUUCGUUGUAAAGAUUACCAAGGAAUUGAGCUGGUGAAGAGAGUCUCUAACCUACAGAAUGAAAAUCUGAGAAAAGCAGAGGUAGCUCUCUACUUCAGGCAGUUUGAUGAAGCUGAAAAACUUUAUCUUGAGAUGGAUCGAAGGGAGAAUGCUGUUACUUAUUAUGAGCAAGGACACAACCAGGAGAAACUAGUUGAGUGUUACUACAUGUUGGAGGAUUACGACAGCCUGGAAAAACUAAUGAAAAGCUUGCCUGAAAAUCACAAACUUUUGUCAGAUCUUGGAGUAAUGUUUACUUCUGUAGGGAUGUGUAUACAGGCUGUUGAUGCUUACACGAAGGCUAAUAAGAUCAAAACUGCCAUCGAAUGUUGUGUGGCUCUAAGCCAGUGGAACACUGCCGUUUAUUUGGCUCAGAAACAUAAUGUUCAGGAGAUUGAUGGCCUUCUUAGCAAGUACGCACGCUACCUGAUGGAGAAGAAGAAGAUUAUGAGUGCUGUGGAGUUGUAUCGAAAAGCUCAUCGGUUUUUGGAUGCAGCAAAGAUGGUGUCGAAGGUAAAACAAACUGAAUAUUCAUUUAUACAGAACACGAGUGUAGUGACAGCUGUUUCACAACAAAAAAUGUAUAGAAUGAUUUUUCAGGUUUCUUCAGCGAUUGCUUCCUUGCUGGACAAUGAAGCUCUAAUGUUUAGUGAUACUCGUAUAGUGGACCAGCCUUGGCGAGGUGCUGAAGCUUAUCACUUCCUACUUCUUGCUCAGAGGCAGCUGUACGAAGGUUAUGUUGAUGCUGCUAUGAAGACCACACUUUACCUACGAGAAUAUGAAGAUAUCCUAAACCAAGAAAUGCUUUAUGCUCUGUUAGCUUUAGCUAGCUGUGCCAAUCGUGCCUUUGGAACGUGCUCAAAAGCUUUCAUUAAAUUGGAGUCUCUCGAGACCUUAUCUGAGGAGCAAAGAGAGGAGUACGAAAACCUAGCUUUAGAAAUCUUUAUGAAACAUCCUCCCAAAGAUGCACGCAACACAAAGGCAGAGUGUACAACAUGUGAGACUAUGAUACCAGACUGGUGUAAUAUUUGUCCCAGCUGUAACACCAAGUUUCCCAUCUGUGUAGCUACUGGUCGUCCAAUAAUGGACACUGGUCAGAAGUGGACAUGUUCUCGUUGUAAACAUUAUGCACACAAGCAGGACAUGAUUACUAGACAACACUGUCCUUUGUGCCACUACCCGUGUGUAAGUGAUUAGUUAUUCUAUCCAAACCGUCAUCCAUAUCUUGUGCUGUUCCCCACUUCAAACUUUUACAUUGUGUACAAUAUAUUUAUAUAUAACUCACCUUCCUGGCUGUGGGAUGUUGUAAUAACAGUUAAUUUAAACACUUCUGCUACUUGAAGAACAAUCAUACAAGGGGAUGAACGUCACUUUUGUUCACAACCACUAGUAAUUAGCUGCAGUAUUCUAGUUCAAACACACGAAUCCGUCAAAUUAAAUUUGCACUGAUUACCUCACCUGAUGAGUUCCACACUCCUGUAUUUUAAAAAUAAAGCUUGUAUUGCAGGAA